AUGUCGAUUCCUGGCAUGUCCCGCCCUGGCACAAGUCUGAAUAUCGCCCAACAGCUACGCAAGUCUACUCAGUUGGCUUUAGAAGAUUCUGGCCGAGGCCUUGACAAGAAGCAAUCCGGGAAUAACUACACAACAAAGGUGAAAAUCGGCCACAAGUACAAUAUUAUCGGUUUCAUUAGCAGUGGCACAUACGGUCGAGUCUACAAGGCUGUGGAGAAGAACCCGAAGGGCGAUCCCUCCAGCCCUGAUUUCGCGUUGACCUCUCACAGGUUCAAGCCAGAGAAAGAAGGCGACAAUGUACAAUAUACAGGGCUGUCUCAAUCCGCCAUCCGGGAGAUUUCGUUGUGCACUGAGUUGUCUCAUCCAAACCUGGUUCACCUGGCCGAGAUCAUCCUAGAAGAUAAGUGUGUCUUCAUGGUCUUUGAAUACUGUGAACAUGAUCUUCUCCAAAUCAUCCACCACCACACCCAGCCGACCAGACGCCCUAUUCCCGCCACCAUGAUCAAGUCGAUCUUAUUUCAACUUCUUAACGGCCUGUACUAUCUUCACCAGAACUGGGUGAUCCACCGCGACCUGAAGCCGGCCAAUAUCAUGGUCACCAGCUCUGGACAUGUGCGCAUUGGGGACCUGGGACUUGCCCGGCUUUUCCACAAGCCUUUGUCAUCCCUGUACUCCGGUGAUAAAGUUGUGGUUACUAUAUGGUACCGGAGCCCCGACCUUCUUCUGGGUGCACGCCAUUAUACGCCAUCGAUUGACUUGUGGGCUGUGGGCUGCAUCUUUGCCGAACUUCUGAGCCUCAGGCCAAUCUUCAAGGGAGAAGAGACUAAAAUGGACAGCAAGAAGACGGUGCCUUUUCAGAGGAAUCAGAUGGGUAAGAUUGUGGAAAUCUUGGGUAUGCCACGACGGGAAAACUGGAAGGGAUUGGUGGACAUGCCGGAAUAUCCACAAUUGCAGUCACUGAUUGUUUCCCGUGGUGGUAUGCCGGGGGGCUUAUAUCCGACCCCUCCUACAUCUCUGAAUCGCGGAUCUGGUAGCAACAAUGGGAGCGGCCUGGAGGCGUGGUAUAACAACUGUAUCCGGCACGCAAGCUACCCGCCAGAAAAGUCUCCAGGUCAACGUGGGUUCCAGCUUUUGUCUGAACUGUUCGAAUACGAUCCCGAUCUCCGAUUGACGGCAGAGCAAGCUCUCCAUCACGAAUACUUUAGAAACACCGACGAUGGGCCGAACAAAGGCAAAAUCUGGGUCAGUAAUAACUGCUUCGAGGGGCUAAAUGAGGUAUAUCCGCACAGAAGGGUAAGCACGGAAACGAAUGACAUUGGGACUGGCAGUUUGCCGGGCACGAAAAGAGGGGGUUUGCCGGACGACACUCUUCUCCCGGCAUCAAAGAGGAGAUAG